CUUGGCCUUCUCUUCGAGAUCGUCGACCUUCUUCUUGAGAUCGUCGGCAUCCUUGGCCUUCUCUUCGAGAUCGUCGACCUUCUUCUUGAGUUCGGCAACUUCGGCUGGGUCGGCCUUGGCUUCGUCUUCGUCCUUGCCGGAGCAAACAACUGGGGCAUCCUCGGCGGCGGACUCGGCAACUGGUGUAUCGGCAAGCUUCUUCUCGAGAUCGUCAACGCGCUUGGCAAGCUCUGCAAGAGCUGGUGUGUCUUCGUUCUCGAGGGCCUUGAGGGCGGCUUGGGCGGCUGGGCUGAUGACUUCUUCUUCGUCACCCUUGUCUUCGCCCUUGUCGCUGGAGCUGCUGCUGCUGCUGGACUUCUUCUUGUCGGCAAUAUCCUUAAGCUUGUCUUCGAGGUCUUCUAA